AGGUUAACCUUCGUGUUUCCGACAUUCCUGCCUGCACUUGAAGGCGGCACCAGGCCUGCAGCUGCGGUCGCCUUCGGAGCUUUUCGGAUCCGUCAAAACCGCUUCGUGCACCGCCGGUUACACACACAGCGGCGCUGAGCAGGUGUCUAUUUAAAAUGCUCGGACCCCCGUGAGAGUGAGUGCUAAAAAAAACCCCUCAACAGCUUCAAAACAGCUUUAAAACCAUGAUGACAGACAAGCGGAAGAGUCGGCACCCGACACCCGAGGACGACAACAACAACAGCGGCAGCAGCGAGACGCGUUUCUCCGCCUGAUUAUCAUCGGUAUGUGCUUUGCAGCUGCCCCGGACGGUCUGUUUAAUUCUUACCGGGGCGUCGACGGUUCAUUGUGGUUUUAUAUAGCAUUUGCUGUAGCGAGUUUCUGACCUCACACUCGGGUCGGAAACAGAAGCAGCGACGUCCCGAGGAGGAGCAUCCCCCUGGUGUUUAUUACAGGAGAGGACGCACCACAAGCCAGGGACUCGGAGCUGAGACGGACAAGAGCAAACAUGUUCGAGACGAGAGGAAUCCCCUUUGUCCUGCUCGACAUCGCCUGUCUGAUCCUAGCUGGACUGCCAUUUGCAAUACUCAAUGUGCAACACAAACCUUUCCAACGGGGCUUUUUCUGUAAUGACGAUUCAAUCAAGUACCCCUAUAAAGAAGACACCAUUUCCUAUCAGUUGUUAGGAGGUGUUAUGAUACCCGUCACAUUACUCACUAUGAUCUUUGGCGAGUGCCUUUCAGUUUAUCUAAAACGCCUCAAAUCCAAGUCAUCUUUCGGCAGCUAUCUCGCCUGUGUUUACAAAGCAGUCGGUACUUUCCUCUUUGGUGCUGCGAUGAGCCAGUCUCUCACCGACAUAGCCAAGUAUUCUAUUGGCCGGCUCAGGCCGCACUUCCUGGACGUGUGCAAACCUGACUGGAAACUCAUCAACUGUUCGGCGGGGGCUUACAUUGAAGACUUCACCUGCACCGGAGACGCGAGAAUGGUGAAUGAGGGCAGGCUAUCCUUCUACUCCGGACACUCCUCUUUUUCCAUGUACUGCAUGAUGUUCCUGGCUCUCUACCUGCAGGCUCGACUCCAGACUGAAUGGGCGAGGCUGCUGAGACCCACAAUCCAGUUCUUCUUGAUUGCUGCUGCAGUGUACACAGGACUGUCACGGGUGUCAGAUUAUAAACACCACUGGAGUGACGUGCUGACCGGACUCCUGCAGGGUGCCCUUAUGGCUCUCCUGGUGGUCUUUUUUGUGUCGGACUUUUUCAAGCCACGCGUGGAUUCCUGUAAAGAAGUAGACAUCCCCCACACAACCCUGCAGGAGACGCCCACAAACGGAAACCACUUUGAAAGUCCCAACUAAGCUAAGUGAGAGUGAGGAUACCGCUGCUCUGUCCAAACGCACACCCAGGAUCCCAGCUCUCUAGCCUUUCAUCUCACGCAGAUUCUCAUCCAAAACCCUGCAUGGAUUUACAGUGUGGAUUCUUACUUCAGUUAAAGUUAGCGGAUGAUGGUGCAUCCCAGAGGAAACAUUCAAGAAACUUGGAAAGCUACAACUCAGGCCUGUUUAGAUUUUUAAAAGACUUUAUAAUUUUAGGCAAUUUGCUGUCAUGUCCACCAAUUCUCCAUGUGGAAGUGCUGAGACAACCUUGUAGAUAUGCUUAAGAGUGAGACGUAAAUUAGGGGCUAGAGAUUCUGUAAUGAUGGGAACCAUAUCUACUGAGCCAGUGGGAAGACUUAACUGCAUGCACCCACUAAAGGGUCUGACCACUGCUGGGAGAGAGAUAGAGAGAGAGAGAGGAGGGUUGGAAACCUGUGAAUGUAACUCUGCUUUGUGCUUUUCCUGCCCUGGAGUCAGUCUGCUCAAAGAUCUGAUUUAGGGUCAGUUUUAGAUUCACUCCCGCACCCUAAGAGACGGCAGUGUUUCAUAACGUUGCCGAUGAGGUUAAUUAAAGGGCUAAUUAUGAAGGGGAAGGUUUCCCCGAGACCAGAAUGUAUUGGAGACUAAAGCUGAUCCUAGACCAGAGGAGGCAAUACCGCUUCACAUCUGGAGCUGCUGACUCCAGGCCACUGCCUUCUGAUUCUCCAACUAUCUAAUCCAAUAUAAUCAAGGAGGAACACCUGACUUGUAUCAUGUCUGGUUAGAAAGUUGAAGAAUAGACUGUCAGUUUGUGUCCCGUGUUGCCUUUGCUGGACCGCUACUGCUGCUAUCACAGCUCCCUGUGUAUCUUAAGAACUAAUAUCAUCAAGUGAACAGACAACAAUGUACUUUUUGUAUCAUCUGUAUGUAUCAUCUGUAUGUAAAAAGACAUCACCAUACAGACUUUUAUUGAAAAAAAAAAAGUGUUUCAAAUAUGUACAAAUGUCUAAAAUCAGAAAAAAAAGGAAAAAUAAAGCCAUUUUACUUAUUAACAUGAACACAAAUGGACACAAAUGGAACAAAAGUGUUUGAUGUAUUAUGCCAUGAGCCAUCACGUAAAAUUAAAAGCUUGUGUUGUUUACCUUUUCUCAUGA